AUGACUACAAGCGGAAUUGGCUACGCUCCGGGUCAGUUUGAUGAUCCAGACGAAGAUGAAAACGAAUUGGACAAGCUUCAGAUCGAAGAGAUGAUCUCGACUAUCGUCAUGUCGAAGUUAAAAACGAAGCGGGAAGAUAGCAACGCCGAAGAGUUCGAAUUAGACGAGCGCUUCAUCGAUGACAACGAGUUCAGCUCCUACGAUGUACAGAGCAUAUCGAAGGGUGCUCACGGCUCAUUCCAGCCAAAGCAUGCAGAGCACAAGUUCGACAGCAGAAUCAAUACAGCGAUGAUCGUGCGCGAGCAGCACGAAAGGAAGCAACAGAGUGAACAAGAGAUCCGGCGGAAGGACAAGUCCCAGCGUGCCACUACUGAGCAAGUACUCGAUCCCCGAACAAGGCUGAUCCUGCAGAAGAUGCUCCAGCGGCAACUGCUGCACUCAAUCCACGGCUGCAUAUCCACUGGAAAAGAAGCAAACGUGUAUCAUGCGCUGACAGAGUCUGGAGCUCACCGCGCGCUGAAGAUUUAUAAAACCUCAAUUUUAGUCUUCAAAGACAGAGAAAAGUACAUGAAGGGAGAAUUCAGAUGGCAGCGCUAUUGCAAAGGAAAUCCGCGAAAGAUGGUGGCGACAUGGGCAGAAAAAGAAAUGCGAAACUUGGGUCGACUGCAAUCAGCGGGCAUUCCCUCGCCAGUUCCCUUGGAAUUAAGAGCUCAUGUGCUUUUGAUGGAAUUUAUCGGAGACAACGGCGUUGCCGCGCUUCGACUCAAGGAUGCUGCUCCUCAUAUAAAGCCCUCAAAAUGGAUUUCUCUUUAUUUGGAAGUCGUGAAGCAUGUUCGGACUAUGUACCAAACUUGCAAACUAGUCCACGGAGAUCUGUCAGAAUUCAACAUUCUUUACCACAAAGGCGUAUGCUAUAUAAUCGACGUGUCUCAAUCUGUCGAGCACGAUCAUCCCUACGCUUUGGAUUUUUUACGUUUCGAUUGCAGAAAUGUAAAUGCAUUUUUCAAGAAGCAAGGAGUCAAUGUACCGAGCGUGAGAGAAGUAUUCGAGUUCGUUGUGGAUUUAAGCGUUAAUAACUCUAACAUAGAUGAGUACAUCGACAAAAUUAUGACACGCGCUAUCAAUCGCAGCGAGACAGACCUAAAGGACAUGGAGGAAGAAGACAAGAUCUUUAUUGAAAUGCCGAUUCCACGAACUCUGAGUGAGAUUGGCUUUCUGCAGGCGGAGAAGGACAUCAAAGCGGGAAAAGAUGGUGGAGGAAGCGCACUAUAUGCGAUUGUCUCGGGACUGAGAAAGGACAUGUCUGGAGCAGCCCAACAGCCGAAUAUCUUAGCAGAUGACGAGUCUGCUGAGUCAGAGGGUGAAGAAGAUAACAAUAACCAAAAUGAAGAUACUGAUGAGGAUGAAAUUAUAAAACCGGAAGAAACAUGGGUGCAUCCAAAAGACAGGAAGAAAAUGACGAAACAAGAAAUGAAGGAGCACAAAGCACAAGUGAAGGAAGCACAGAGAGAAAAGAGAAAACAUAAAAUGCCCAAGCACGUGAAGAAACGGAAGGAGAAAGCGACGAAAAUGAAAAAAUAA